UUCGUUUAUGACACAAGCAGGGAGAGAGAGGGACGAGUGAGGCUGCUGGGAGGUAGAAAGUCUGUCAUACGGAGCAGUGACAUCACAGAAGCAUGGAAACUUCUGUCCUGAAACUCAGUGAGGAACAAGUGAAAGACUUGGGAAAAGCUUGGACUCCAACCAACAAGCUGGAGGACUGAUCCGAUCACAGGCGUGGACGACCUGCUGCUUCCUCUGGACCAAACCAACUUAAUUCAAGCCUGAUCCAGUUUAAGCUGUCAGUUUCGCACCUGAUCAACUGAUCUGUGGCCAGAUUGACUGGCCGUUUAAUCGCUGGGGUCUGACUUUUUGCUGGGAACUGACUGGAGGCUAGGUGAUUGACUGGUCUGAUCAGAAGCACUGGAGGCUGCUUCACUGGGCCCAGCAUGAGUGGUGCUGGAGACGUGGUGUGUGAAGGAUGGCUGCGAAAGUCACCUCCGGAGAAAAAGCUGCGCCGCUAUGCGUGGAAGAGACGUUGGUUUGUGCUGCGGAGCGGUCGGCUGACCGGGGAACCGGAUGUUCUGCAGUACUACAAGAACCCGCAGUCCCGCCGGCCCAUCAGAACCAUCAACCUGAACCUGUGUGAACAGGUGGACGCUGGCCUGUCAUUCACCAAGAAAGAGCUGGAGAGCAGUUUUGUUUUCGACCUGAGGACCGAGGAGCGGACCUGGUAUCUGGUGGCCGAGUCCGAGCAGGACAUGAACCGCUGGGUGACGUCCAUCUGCCUGCUCUGUGGUUUCAACCCCACUGACGACGGUCCAGACAGAGCGGCACUGUCGGGCUCGUCCUCCAUCACUGCCAUGAGCUCCGUGAGCAGCACAGCCGCCAUCAACACGGUCACGGGCUCAGCGCCGCCGACCUGCGACCCCGACGGCAGCGCAGAGGAAGACUACAUGUGGUUAUCACAGUGUGACAGUCACACCAGACCUCCUCUGGGAUCCUCCAUCUCUCUCGACACUGACUACAACGACAACCUCUACCCCCCUCCCUCCAUCACCUCCUCCUCCUCCUCGUCUUCCUCCUCCCCCUCCCUCCUUCCCGACAGCCUCCCUCCCGCAUCGUCGUCCUCUGGCUUCAGAACGGUCCCGUGGACAGUUGCGGCCAUGAUGAGCCCGCUCAGCCAGUCUCUGGAUGCCACUGUGACCUCUGACCUCCACAGCCGAGCCGGCAGGCCCCGCUGCCACCCUUCUCCGCAUCCCAGGAAACACUCUUUAGAUUAUCACCUGCGCCCCGUGGCGAUAUCACUCAGCGAUGACAAGCAUGCGCACGUGCCCCCUCACAUCUCCAGCAGCUAUCAGGUCCCGCGCCCGGCGUCCACGCCUCUGUCUCGAGCCCCUCGCCGCCCAUCCUCCACCCCGAGUGUGGACUCCCUAACGCAGGCAGAGCUCCACGCCUGCACCGCAGCGCCUCCUCCACGCCCCCCCAAGCCCCCGGCCGCCGCGGGCCGAGCUGAGGCCGCCACGCUUCCACGCGAGUCGGAGCGAAGGGGGGCGGUGGAGGAGGAUGGAGCAGGAGGUCCUCUGAGGAGCAACGCGGCGGCUGCAGCCGGGCGCACGCAGACGGGCGGCGAGUCCUUAUACUUCCCUCGCGCCUUCUCAGAGCGAGCGAGUGUACUGGAGUUCAGCGAGAGCUUCAACAGCUACUUUUUCAGUAAAGGGAUGGUACCACUCGGUAGCGUUUGCUCUGAAGACGAUGAUGUCCACGAAAACUAUGUUCCCAUGAGUGCGGCCGUCACAGAGCCUCCUGUUGCACCAAGAGAACCUCCAGAAACCUCUGAUCCGUCUACUCACGCCCAUGGACACUACGUCCCAAUGACUCCCCUCAGCUCAUCCGUGGGCUCUCACCCCAUCAGUGACAUGGCCUUUCUAGGGCGGCAGGUGCCUCCGCCGGCCCACAUGGGGUUCCGUAGCCCCAUGAGCGCUGCUGCUCCUCAGACACCCCCACUCAGGACGCCCGCGUACCGCUCCGCUGAGAUGGAGGCUGAAGCCAUGCCGCCUCCUGUCCACCGCAACCUGAAGCCGCAACGCAAGGGCGUUUGUGUCACUCAACCCGCAGAGCAAAAAGACGAACAAAACUCAGAAGAAGUGCGACAUAAACCGAGAGUGAAACCAGCUCCUUUGGACAUCAGUGUGGUGCAACAGGACUGGGAGGAAGUCCCGCCCCCUGUGCGCUCGCCUGUCACCAGAACCUUCACACGAGAUCCGUCCUGCCGUCGCACAGUCACACCCAGGUCUUCUCACAGUUCGUCUCCUUCCUCCGACUCCGAUGACCCUGAUGAAAGCUAUGUUGCCAUGACGAAGCCCGGCCUCAGCUGCAGUGCUGGGGAGCAGUCUCUGAGGCUCAUGCUGCACCGUGGUUCAGAGGGGGGGGUGAGCAGCCCGUUGCUCCAGCGAACCAGAGACCAGAAGCAGGUAGAAUACUUGGACCUGGACCUUCACACGGGGCGGUCGACACCUACCCGGCAGAAACACUGUAUGGGAGAGGGGUGUGGUGGCAGUGCAGAGCAAAGCAGAGCGGGAGACGAGCGCGCACAUGGUGAGCGUGCACGUGUGGACUAUGUGGUGGUGGACCCCAAGAGGACCCGGGCCCUGAGGAACACCAGAGAAGCGUGGCAUGAUGGGAGGAUGUCAGCGGAGAAGGAGAAAUGCUGAGUCGGUUCAGAAAAGCUGCUCGCUGGUACCGGAAAACACAACAGUAUGUGAUACUAGUCAAGAAGAAGACGGGGACACAGCUGUCACCAAAUACAGCAAAGCUGAGAUGUGCUUCACAAGUUACAGUAUGUGUGGGUUCUAUCACAGAAAAAAAGAAAUGUCCCACUGUAUCUUUAGAUGUGUCAUUGUGUCUGUGUGAAGGCUGAUCUUGGUUUAAAGGUAAAUAAUUCACUAAAUAUGUUCACACAUGCACAGCUUGACGUAAUAAUGGCUCCAGCGUUUGUGAGAAAAGGAGGGCGGCCUGUAAAUGAGCAGGAUCGUGUUGUGCGUCAGUGUGGAAUGAAGAGUGACUCACUGAUCUGAUGCUCUGAUGAGAUCAGGUUUGUCCACACUGUUUUCAAAUCGUGCCACAUCUUAUCAGCUUUAAACAAACAGUUCUGUAACAUAAGCUGUCUCUAAUAUCAGUAAUUGGAUCUUAAUGUCCAGUGAUUGGAUCUUUAUCUGUGUCAGUGUCAUAGUGACAACUCACCUGAUCCACAUUAUAAGGAAGUCAUGUCAUUACUGUUUUUCAAGAACGUGAAUUAAUCAAACAUGCAGGUUAGUGCCACAGACAGGUUGAAAGGAAAAGGUUCAGUGUUAAAAUAGUUUAACCAUGAACUCAUAUUUUCAGAAAAUGGCACCACAGGCUUCGGGAGUUUAUCCCAUAUUAACCAGAAGCCUCUGAAAUGAUUUAUCCAAAAUGAUUUUUCGGUUCAGUAGCACUUCAGAGAAGAGAAAGUCCUAGUUGUGAAGGAGGAAGCCACUGUUAUUGUUGAUAACCGACUGUGGGAGAGUUCAGACUCUCAAAUAGUAGAACUGUAUAAUACUGUAUAACACUGUAUGUGAUUACAGCUACGCUGAAUAAACACAUAUCACUGUUUGA